AUGGCACGCGCUGUUUGGACAAAGCUUCUUUCGGACGCCUCUAUCCAGCGGUCGUCGCAGACCUUGGCUGUUGUUGCUGGAAAUGCAUAUCUAUAUGGCGGGGAGCUGCAGCCCCGUGAACCGGUGGACUCUACCGUGUAUCGCAUAGCUGUUGAUUGUGAUGGUGCGACAGACAGCCGGAUAUCCCCAAUGAUCGCCCCCAGCACCCCCCAACCCCGAGUUGGAGCUGCAUCUACUGCCAUCAAGAAGAGAGUCUACGUAUUCUCAGGCCGCGGCGGAACAGCCAUGACCCCGAUCGAAGAAGCAGGAUCCUUUUGGGUUCUUGAUCCAACUACCAGUGGUUGGUCCCAGGUCACCCCUGCCGAUCCCCAGUCCCCGUACCCCGUCGGACGCAGUUACCAUGCUAUCGCCAACGAUGGCAAAGACACAAUCUUCCUCCACGCCGGAUGUCCCGAGAAAGGCCGAUUGUCUGACCUGUGGGCGUUCAAUAUCGUGACUCGUCAGUGGCGGGAAUUGGCCCCCGCCCCGAAGCCAGAAAGAGGCGGUACGUCGAUUGCAUAUGCCGAGGGAAAGAUCUUCCGGAUGAAUGGAUUUGAUGGCAAUAAAGAACAAGGAGGGGCGUUGGACGUGUUUGAUCCGGAGAAGAACGUUUGGAAUACUAUUAUGUAUUCGGCGGAUGGGAUCUCAGGUCCAAGUGCGCGCAGUGUGAGCUGCCUAUUAUCGCUCAAGGUAUCGGGCAGGCCAAGUCUGGUUACCAUGUUUGGGGAGCAUGAUCCGAGUAGUCUGGGGCACCAAGGAGCGGGUAAGAUGCUUGCAGACGCGUGGAUCUUCGAUAUUGAGAGCCAAAAGUGGACAAAGAUCGAGGCCAAUAGUGAGGAGGCACCUCAAGGACGCGGUUGGUUCGACGCGGAUGUGAUCCCGGGUGCAUCACAGCCUAGCAUUCUUGUUCACGGUGGACUCGCCGAGUCGAAUGAUCGUCUAGGCGACGUAUGGCGGCUUGAUCUUUGA